AUGAGUAAAUCUCCUGAAUCACCUAUUAAAAUUUCUGGCGAAAAAUUAGAUCGAUUUUCUUUCGUACGUGCCUACCAUACUCCUCCUCAACAGUCUAGAACUACAACUCAAGAUCAAAUAAAAAAUGUUCCAUCUGGUUCAUCAGCAACAAAAUCAAAAUGUUCUGUUUCACGAUGUAUUGGUCUCGAAUUAUUAAUUUUAUUACUUCUUCUUGUGUUGGCAGCUCUCAUCAUCCCAAUUGUUGUAGUAGUAUUAGCCCUUCGUCUAGGAUUAGAAUAUAUAGAUGCUAACUAUACUCGAUCUUCACCAUGUUCAGUAACAUAUUCUCAAACUUUAACAUACGGUGUCGCUCCAACAACUCAAUGCACAGCAUGGUCAGCGUUCGCAACUAGUUUGACUUGUUCAAGUUAUUCCCUGAUGCGGAUGUAUGGUUCUAAUGACCCAACAGGUAUAACAGUAGAUAGUUCAUCUGUUGCUACGGCUCUGGCACUAGCUUUACGCUAUAAUUUUACAUAUGGUACUACUUAUAAUGGACUUACGUGGAAGGUUGGUGCAUGUGGUCCUGGUAGUUAUGAAAUAAGUGCAACGGGAACUAUUUGCUCUUGCCCAACGGGCUACACGAUAAGGCCAUGCAUUGGUAGUUCUAGUUGGGGUGGUAUCAAUAGCGCGACAUGUGGUGCAGCAACACAGAUAGUGUCUCUUCAUUUUGAAUGA